GGCGGAGGGUAUUUGAACUCGUGGAAAAGUCCCGAGGGGUGGACUCGGAGUCAGGGCCUUUGUGUCCCGGAGCGCAGGGACCGCGGGAGCCGGGUUAAACACUGUACCUCGGGGAACACGACCGUGAAGGCUAAUUAGGACAAGUCGGAACAGGGAACCGGGACGCGGGGAGGGGAGCGCGCGCUCAGAGUUGGACUGAGUCUGGGGCGAUCGCAGGAAAUCCAGGCGCAGGGGAGUCGGCCCAGGGCGACGUUUGCUCACUGUCCCGAGUGGACCUGGGCCCGGCCCACGCAGCAGGGACGCUCGCGGUUGGCCCUCCCACGCACAUUUGGUGACCCCGGGGCCGGGGAAGGGCCGCGCGUGGAGGAGGCGGACAGUGGGUGUGUGGUGUGUCCACGUGUUCAAGCUCGGGGAGGGGAGGGGGCGCAGAAGGCGUGACAAAGACGGACUUUGUGUCUGAGUGUGCGCCUCGCUCCAGCCGCGAGCAGCGCGCUGUGCCCGGCGCGUGUGCCUCUCGGGCGAGCCAGGACGAAGGUGACGGAGGCUAGGUGAGACGCACCGAGGUGGCCCCCGCGCCUGGCCGUGUGUGCGCGCUGGGACAUGCGGGGCGGGAGAACCCGCCUGCGAGGUGUGCUGGGCUGCCCCGCAAACCGCUUUCCGGAGCAAGAGCCGAGCCCGGAAAGUGAGUGCGCGUGAGUGCGCGCGCCCGCGGGCGGGGGCGUGGCAGUAAACAGCAACAACACUCACUCCAGCUCCGCCAGAAACUCGGUGCUCCUCCUCGGCCGGAAAGUGCGCCUCGCCGGAGCCUGGAGGGACCCAGCUGGAGCCUGGCCUGGGAGCCAGGAUGGCCAUCCCCAAAGCCUUGCUGACAUGCCUGGGGCUGCCCCUCUUCCUAUGCUCAGGGGCCCAGGCCCAGAAUCAUGUGCCACCCGGCUGCAGCCCGGACCUCAACCCCCUCUACUACAACCUGUGUGACCGCUCUGGGGCUUGGGGCAUUGUCUUGGAGGCAGUGGCUGGGGCGGGCGUCGUUACCACUUUUGUCCUCACCAUCAUCCUUGUGGCCAGCCUCCCCUUUGUGCAGGACACCAAGAAGCGGAGCCUCCUGGGGACCCAGGUAUUCUUUCUGCUGGGGACCCUGGGCCUCUUCUGCCUCGUCUUUGCCUGCGUGGUGAAGCCGGACUUCUCCACCUGUGCCUCUCGCCGGUUCCUCUUUGGAGUUCUGUUCGCCAUCUGUUUCUCCUGCCUGGUGGCUCACGUCUUUGCCCUCAACUUCCUGGCCCGGAAGAACCAUGGGCCCCGGGGCUGGGUGAUCUUCACCGUGGCCGUGCUGCUGACCCUCGUGGAGGUCAUCAUCAACACCGAGUGGCUGAUCAUCACGCUGGUCCGGGGCGGUGGCGAGGGCGGCCCUCCGGGCAACGGCAGCGCUGCCUGGACCACGGCCUCCCCGUGUGCCAUCGCCAACAUGGACUUUGUCAUGGCGCUCAUCUACGUCAUGCUGUUGCUGCUGUGCGCCUUCACGGGGGCCUGGCCAGCCCUGUGUGGCCGCUUCAAGCGCUGGCGCAAGCACGGGGUUUUUGUGCUGCUCACCACGGCCACCUCCAUCGCCAUCUGGGUGGUGUGGAUUGUCAUGUACACUUACGGCAACAAGCAGCACAACAGUCCCACCUGGGACGAUCCCACGCUGGCCAUUGCUCUUGCCGCCAAUGCCUGGGCCUUUGUCCUCUUCUACGUCAUCCCUGAAGUCUCCCAGGUGACCAAGGCCAGCCCAGAGCAAAGCUACCAGGGGGACAUGUACCCGACCCGGGGCGUAGGCUACGAGACCAUCCUGAAGGAGCAGAAGGGCCAGAGCAUGUUUGUGGAGAACAAGGCCUUUUCCAUGGACGAGCCAGCCUCAGCUAAGAGACCGGUGUCCCCAUACAGCGGGUACAACGGGCAGCUGCUGACCAGUGUGUACCAGCCCACCGAGAUGGCCCUGAUGCACAAAGGCCCGUCUGAAGGAGCUUACGACGUCAUCCUCCCACGAGCCACCGCCAACAGCCAGGUGAUGGGCAGUGCCAAUUCCACCCUGAGGGCCGAAGACAUGUAUGCGGCCCAGAGCCACCAGGCAGCCACAUCGCCGAAAGACGGCAAGAACUCCCAGGCUCAGUCCCCGCCAAAUAAAACAAGAUGGUAGAAGCCCUCCUCCCUGAACCACACGCCGUCCUGAUGUCCUCAGGCCUCUGUCCAGGCUGGGCAGGGCCCAGCACCUCUCCCGCCCUUGUCAUUGGAGCUGGGAGGGACCGGAGGCCACCACCCGGAAGCAGUGGACUGAGUGGGUACCUGUGAAGCCCCGAGGUGUGUGGCUGGGGCCCCAGGGCCAGCCCAGCCUUUCCUGGUCCCCAAGUGACUGAGGCCACAAGGAUCUGCAGAACUGCCAGGCCUGCCUCCGUCCCCCGUCAACGCCCUUCCCCCCCCGAGUCACAGCCCAUGUGUCCCCAUGCUGUGGUUCUCCAGAUGGCCAUCCUCAGAUGCCCCGUCUUCACGCCCUGGGCCUUCCGGCUGUUUUGGUGUCCAACAUCAGCUUGCCCCGCCUGUGCCUGGGUGAAUCUCCUCCGUGAGUGUUGGGAGCAGAGCCCUGGUGGAACUUGGCUCCCGUCUUUCUCAUCAGGGCCUCCUGCCGCCGCCUGGACCUGGAAGGCCCCUGAGCUGGGACAGAGCUCAGCCCGAGGCCUACGCAGACACCCCUCCUCUUCGCGGCUUGUGGGUGCUGGGUCUCAGCCCCUUUGGUGCUUCCCUCAUGUGCCCCUUUACGCCACAGCCCCAUGCCUUCCCCACCUGCAACCGACCGGGGUGCAUCGAGACACAAGGUGGGGUCUGGGGCCUCAUUCUCAGGGGCCGGUUGAGAGUCCCAGGCCACGUGGGUUGGGGUCUCAGCUGCUCACGGAACUGGGACUUGGCUGAGGUACAGAUCUCUGCUGGCAGUGUUCUCUCCCAUGACAUGCUCCAGAGGGUCCUGAUGGUCCAGAGGGAAUGGAGGGGGGGGCAUCCUUUAGGACCUGAUGACGGUGGCAACCAGGACGGAGAACCAGGACGGAGAUGUGUACAGCUGGAGACGAGGUCUUCUGACUUGGUCCUGCCCCUCAGGCAAGAGUUGCCUCUGGGGGCCCAGGGUGAGGGCUAGAACCAGAGCAGGACCCGACCUUGUCCUGUAGUCCUCCCACAGCUCUCCAGCGCCACCCUCCUGCCCCUAAGCAGGCUGUGCCUUUGUUAACUGGAAUAUUUUUCCGGAGCUAAAUAGGGCUAACAGGUCCUGCAGAGAGAGUAGGGCCAUAGACUGUGUGUGACAGCAUGCCCCCCCCCCCCCCAUUACCGAUCCCUGUACUGGGUUACUUACCUCCAUGAAUGGAGCAUUACGUCCCUCUGAUGGAGGGGAAGGGGGAGCUCUGUGCACCUCAGGCUUCUCUUGAUCUAGGUUAGCGGCCCCAAGAUCCCUCAUAGUGAAUAAAGGCACUGUCUUUGCUUUUCAAA